UGCAGGAGAGGGUUUUAUCACCAAACGCCGGUCCGGAUAACGUCCUCCUCCUCCCCUCGCCUCGCCACCUCGCUCACUACCUACCUCUCCACCAAUGGCGACCACCACCACCACCACCAUCUCCUCCUCCCUCAUAACCCCUCCGGCCGCGGCCCUCCACCACCGCAGCAGCUCCUGCCGGUGCCCCUCCCGCCUCACCGUCGGGGCCGCGCGGUGGUGGGCGAGGCGCCGGCAGCCGGCGGUGGUGGUGCGGGUGGUCGCCUCCUCGUCGGUGCUCGAGGCGCCCGAGGAGGUGGCGGCGCGGAAGCUCUACGUCGGGAACAUCCCCAGGACCGUCACCAACGACGAGCUCGCCGCCAUGUUCGCCGACCACGGCACCGUCGAGCGCGCCGAGGUUAUGUUUGACAAAUACACUGGCCGGAGUAGGCGCUUCGGGUUUGUCACGAUGAGCACACCGGAGGAGGCUAAUGCUGCAAUUGAGAGCCUGAAUGAAACUGAGGUCGGUGGUAGAAAAAUUAAGGUUAAUGUGACGGAGAGCUUCUUGCCUAACAUUGAUCGGUCUGCACCAGAACCAGAGCCUGUAUUUGUGGACAGUCAGUACAAGGUUUACGUUGGUAAUCUUGCAAAGAGCGUGACCACAGAGAUGCUUAAAAACUUCUUCUCUGAAAAGGGAGAGGUUCUCAGUGCCACCGUGUCCCGGAUUCCAGGAACUGCAAAGUCCAAGGGAUAUGGUUUUGUCACCUUUUCUUCAGAGGAAGAAGUUCAGGCUGCAGUUUCUACUUUCAACAAUGCGGAAUUGGAAGGACAACCCAUCCGUGUGAAUAAAGCAUAGGCAUCUAGCAGAUAUUUCCAGACUGGUUGAUGGCAAAGUGGGUACCUCUGAGGCUGAAGUAACUUUGUGAACACCUGUAGACUGAGGGAAACUUUAAGGCUAGAUAUUUGCAACAAAGUGGAAAGACCUUCCAAUGCAAUUUCACUUUGCAACUAAACAAAUUUUGUACGAUAACAGCAUAUGUGAAGAAAUUUUAUUGGUGUUCAUAUGAAGCAUAUAUUAUUUACCACCGUACCAGCAUGUUUUUUUGUUUAAUUAGUUGUGUAACAUAUUUGUUCAGUUGGAUUGGAAUGUAUACUUGGCAGUCAUCUCAGUGACAUUGUUUUCUGGUUUGGUUC